AUGGCUGCCAAUAACUCACCAGACCUCGAAAACUUCACUCCGCCACUCCCUCUCCAGAGCAAUAGCGACAUCGAAAACGACCCUCAGUCACUAUCUUGUCCUCCUUCCACCAGGCUACGCUUCCUUGCCCAAACUCCACCGCUCAAAACAACAACCACCUCGGCAGCACAAUCUGAAUACGGCAGCAGACGCAGCUCUUAUAUCUUCCCGAUAAACCAGAUUCUCCCAGAAGACCACAUCGACCCGGACACGUUCGGCGUGGCCGAGGAGAGAGAUGGCUUCUUUGACGCCUUAUUCCUCAAGCACACGCCGUUGGUGCCGCAAGUCUUUGUAGAACGAUCCAGGGCUUCGCUCCCCGCUGCUUUCGACCAAGAAUCACCGUUGGCAGCGAGUCGGUUCAUUCCAAGACAGAUGCGUGAGGCCAAAUCGGUGCUCCGGCGUGUCGCCACAACUCGAACCGGCAUUCGUCUCCUCAGAUCCUUUACCGCCUAUUUCGCAGCGUACAUUCUGUGCUUGAUACCGGCUGUCCGAAGAUGGCUUGGUCCAAUUCACUACAUGAUAGCCGUCUCAGUCGUCUUGAAUCACCCGGCCAGGAGUUUGGGUGCGCAGAUUGAAGGCACCAUCUUCACCACCAUUGGGACAGCAGCCGGGAUUGGAUGGGGAGUUGCUGGUCUUUUACUAUCCACAUCGACCUCUGCCGCCAGCAAUGGCUAUGGGGGCAUUCUGGCUCUUUUCCUGGCCCUGUUCAUGGCAGUCAUAGCAUGGACACGUUCGUUCUAUGCGAGAUUCUACCAGAUGGUCGUAUGCGCAGGCGUAGCCAUCAUCUUCACCGUCUUAUCCCAGACUCAAGGACACAUCAUCGUGUGGGAGAAGCUGAGAAACUACGCGGUUCCUUGGCUCUUUGGCCAAGCCAUCGCACUGCUAUUUAACUGUACAAUCUUCCCUGAUGCUGGCGCAAGACCGCUUGCCCUUAUUUUCCAUAGUUCUUUUUCCCUCAUGCUGGAGGCCAUCGUGAUUCCACGUCCUCGAGACACCAGAUUCAGGCGGAGUCUAGUACGUGCAUUCGUAGACCUGUCUGCCUCUAACCGUGAGAUGCGGUCCAGCCUCACCAUUACACGAUUCAAGCCAGACGAUGUGAGAGACUUGCGAAACAUCAUGCAAGCCGUCAUCCGCGCUCUGCUCGCCAUGGAAACGGAGAGCGCCCUCUUUAGCGAGACCGACGAUGGCAACGUUCCGAUUGUAGUCGAGGCCACCCAGAUGUCAUCCUCAUCUUCCAGCAGCAACGAUCUGAAUAAUAUUACCACAGACAAGACUCCUGGUGUAUUGAAAGAAGCGGACGUAACGCGUACGGUGAUUCGGAAACUGGCAAAGCCUACCAAAGAGAUUCUUGCAUGUAUGAACCUGGGGCUGCAGACAAGCCAAGCUGCGUUGAUGGACCUCUCUGGCUACCGACAAUAUCUCGGUCCUCCAAUGGCCGUUUCAUCUGACAUUGCCCCAGUCCAGAUUCGAAUAAGGACUGCCAAAGCCAUCUUCGACGCCAUCGAGUCAGAACUCCUUGAAUCAGGCCAGCUGCCCUCAUCAUCGAUGAACGAUUCGGCCAUCGUCCAACUAUUCAUCUUUGCAAGACACCUCCGUGAAACCGCAACCACAAUCGAGAGUCUCAUGGGCAAAGUAUACAACAUGCAGCAAUGCUCCAACUGGCCACGGCCUCACCUACCGUCAUAUCCACUCCACAAAGCCGUCCACUGCGUCAACCCUCAAGUCACCCAUGACCGAGGCGGAGCCACAGCCGGAUCAUACCACGUCACGUUCCUCGAAAUUGCUCGUGCUCUAGAAUCCAUCAAGAGUCGAGAAUACAAACCUUUGGAGAAAUACGAAGACGACAUCUCGGAGACGGAAUUACACGCCGAGCUGACGCAUCUCACGGAUCCCGGUGCGCCGCCCGAUCUAGGGACUAAGAAGAACAGCGUGAGUUACAAAAUCUGGCAGGUUCUGCACCUUUUACAAGGCUACGAGAGCCGAUACGCCUUCAAAACCGUCUUGGUCACGUCUCUCCUUGCAAUCCCCUCCUAUCUCAGCUGGGACAAGGUCUGGUGGGAUGAAUACGAAGCUUGGUGGGCUGUUACUAUGAGCUGGCUUCUCAUCCACGCCCGUGUAGGCGGCAAUGCACAGGACCUGAUUGCCAGAGCUGUCCUAGCCAUACUAGGUGCCGUGUGGGCUGGGAUUUCACAUGCCGCAGGAGAUGGAAACCCCUACGUAGUUGCAGUGUUUGCAGCUAUCUUCAUGAUACCCAUGCUCUAUCGAUUUACGCUGAGCUCCCAUCCGAGAUCUGGCCUCGUUGGCUGCUUGUCCUUCACAGUCAUCUCACUCCAGCUCCAAGCCGGCAAUCUCCCCUCCUCAGCAGCUCUCACCACCGCCUACAGAGGCGCCGUAUUCCUCAUUGGCACAACCGCUCCCAUCGUCGUCAACUGGUGUCUAUGGCCAUUCAUCGCAAGACACGAACUCAGGAAAUCACUCUCUUCAAUGCUCUUCUUCCUAAGCAUCAUCUACCGAAACGUCGUCGCAAAAUACAUUUACUUUGAGCAAGGCAAAGAGCCCACCCCAGAAGACAUCAUCAGAUCCGAAAUCCUCGAAGGCCGCAUCAGAGAAGGCUUCGUCCGAAUCAGACAGCUCCUCCGCCAUCAAAAGGUCAUGACCCGUCACGAAGUCCGCCUCCGCAGCCCCUUCAACCCCCUCCCCUACUCCGGCCUGGCAGACUCCUGCGAACGCUUCUUCGACUACCUCAUCGCCGUGCGCCAAUCCGCCGUCUUCUACAACCCAGACUACGUCCGCGACGACCCCGUUGCCGCACAGCGCCUGCUCGGCUUCAGGAGAGACGCCGUCGCCUCCAUAUUGGCCAACCUGUACAUCUUCGCCGGAGCUCUCAGAGCCGACCGAAAAGUCCCACGCUAUCUCCCCAGCGCCGCCGCAGCAAGGAGAAAACUCCUCCUGGAAACCGCCGCCGUGGAAGACGAAAUGACGCAGCACGGCCGCGAGAGCGACGUCCGAUGGCACAAGAAGUGGAGCGACAUAUACAGCUACUCGUACAACGAGAGUCUCACAGGCUGCGUGGCCCAGCUAGAAGAGCUCGAGAAGUUCACAAAGUUCAUCGUCGGCGAGCAAGGGUUCGAUGAUGAGUGGAAGUUAGGAGAGCAUUAUGAAGAUGACAGCGAAGAGGAGGAUGAAGUAGAAGGCGAGGAACGAGAAGACGAAGAACACGACCAAGAUGACGACGAUGACCAACACUCAAGACAGACGGAAUAA